CCCUACCCUACCCUUACCCUACCCACUACCCCACCCUUAACCCUAACCCACCCACUACCCCCACCCAACCCCCUACCCCUAGACCUUACCACCCCACCCCGACCAUACCCCUUACCCCACCCCACCUAUAACUUCCCGACCCUUACGAGUAGGUAUGGGUGGGUAUGAAGGGUUGUGGUGGAGUAUGGGUAGAGUGUAAGAUCGUGGUAAGGGUAGAGGUAGGGGUUAAGGGUGUGGAAUUGGAGAAUUGUGUGAAAAGAUUGAUGAACAUGUUUUCAAAUUUGAAAAUGGAAAACUAAAAAAUAGAAACAGAAAAUUGGAGAGAGAAAAACUGAAAAAUAAAAACAAAAAAUUGGAGAACGAAAAACAGAAGUAGAAAACAGGAAAAUAUCUCUGUUAGUAAACAGGCCCUUAAUUUUGCUUCUUUAACUAAAGAAAUUAGGGAAAGUCCCGAAAUGGGACUAAAAAAGUUUGAAAUUCCAAAAUAGGACUGUCAUGUUUUUAUUCCCAAAAUAGGACUAAUUACUGCCAAAUUUGGAAAAUACUGCCAUGUUUGAAGUUUGGUACUGCCAAAACAUGACAGUAAUUAGUCAUUUUGGGAAUAAAAACAUGGAAGUCCUAUUUUGCAAUUUCCAAACUUUUUUAGUUUGGAAAUAAUGAAAUAAUGAUGACCAUAUGAUAGGUUAGAUAGUCUUUCUGCUAAGUUUUAAGUCUAUCUUCUUCCUCUCAAUUUCUCCUUGCAUAAUACAGAGUAGUACUAUCCGGAGCGUAGGCUGCGUAGCAGAUGAAGAGAGUCGUGGAAGCUGCUAAAAGCGUUGAGCCUUGAAUGUCAUCUUCCUUGGUCGGUUACGGGUGAUUGUAAUGAUCUCAUGUUCGCGAUGGAGAAGAGGGGGUGAGCCGGCGAGUUCCUCACCCCUUGGUUAUUGAAUGAUUUUCUUGAGACCGUUUGAGCUUGUGGAUUAUCAAAUUUUCUUUUAAGGAUACCAGUUUACAUGGGAACGGUGGGGAGGCUCUGUAAAUUGGCCGGGUGAAGGAAAAAUUAGACGGGAUUUUGGUUUCAGGUGACUGUUUGGAUAUGUUUGGGGAGGCGGCGGCCGAUUCCCUAGAAGGUGCGCCCAAUGAUCAUUUGGCUCUUUUUAUUAGGUUGUGUCCGGCUAGAGGGGUUAAUCGCAAGAGGAGGUUGAAAUUUGAGAAACUCUGGCUUAGAGAGGAGGAUUUUCGAGAGGCGAUAGUUAGGAGCUGGAAUUUGGAUGGGCAGGGAGCACUCGUCUCUCAACUGGAGAUCGACUUGUGGAAAGGAAGUUAGCUUUUGAGGUAAAUGCAGGUUUAAUGGUCUUGGCAAGUGGAUUGGUUUUUGUAAGAAAAUGCAAGAUUAUCUCUGACCACAAUCUGAAUCUUGGGGGUUGGCAGAGUUUCAGAGGGACAAUCUUGAUUACUCCUUAUUUCAGGUGGAAAAGAAGAUUGAAGAUUAUCUCAAUAGGAAGCUUUUGCGCCCGAUCCGAGUGGAGGUGGUCAGGGACGUAGUGCUAUCUAUGCAUCCAGAUAAAUCACCGGGGCUAGACGGGAUGAGUGUAGGUUUUUACAGCACUUAUGGGAUGUUAUUGGGCCAGAAGUAGUGGAGUUUUGUAUGAGUGCUUUUAAAUCCAUGUGUUUACUUGACAAAAUAAAUAAUACUAAUAUUGUUCUAAUUCCCAAGGAGAGGCCGGAAGUGUUAGGCGAUUGGUGGCCGAUUUCAUUGUGUAAUGUCAUUUAUAAUUGUUUUGUUAAAGUGUUGCCUAACAGGAUAAAGGGCUUAUUGCAUGAAUGUAUUUGGGAGGGUCAAAGUGCUUUUGUUCAUAAUCGAUCCAUUAUUGAUAACAUUCUUAUUGCCUCUGAGUCUCACCAUUUUUUGAAAGAAAAGAUGCAAGACAAAAUGGGUUAUGUGGGCUAAAAGUUGGACAUGAGCAAGGCAUUCGAUAGGGUUGAAUGGGAUUUUUGGAAGCUAUGUUACUAUCACUGGGUUUUUCAGAUAGGUGGACACGAUUGGUGAUGGAAUGUGUCAGUUCUGUCUCCUAUAUGAUUCCCUUUGUUGACAUGGAUAUGGGACCCAUAACUUCAUCUAGGGGUUUGCAUCAAGAUGAUAAGACUUUUAUUCUUCGAGGCAUCACAUGAUGAGGCUAAAGUAGUUCAUGAAGUCCUGAAUGUUUAUGAGAAAGCCUCGGGCCAGGUAAUUAAUUUUAAUAAAUCUAAGGUUGCUUUUAGUUCAAAUAUGAGUAGUAGUUACCGGGAAGGUGAUAGGGCCCUGGGCUAUAGAAAAUAUUAAUAGUAGUAAUAGAUUUAUAUUAAAUAAGUGUGGUAAUGUGUAAAACAGAUUUUGGGCCAUGUCAUAAAAUAUGGGCUGGCCCGUUAGAAUAUAAUUACUAUAUAGGAGUGGGAAGGAGGGAAUAAGGAGUUAGGCAGAAAUCAGAUUUGGGACUACGGUCUUGGGAGUGCUGGAGACUACUCGAAGUGUCUCCAUUGUAUCGUUAUCCUUUCAGUUCGUCAAUUCCAUCUUUAAUUCUACUUCACUUUACUGUCAGUUUGUUGUAUAUCUAUCAAUGGUAUCAGAGCAAUCUCUUCCUGGAGGCAGAGAAUCGGAAUCAUCGAUCAUCUCAGAGCAACAACAAUCUGUAACAAUGGAGGAAGUCUAUAUGACUCCCCGAAUGGAGAAGAGUUUUGACAAUAUGGAAGGAAUUAUAGAGGAGAUGAAAGCAGAGGUGAAAGAUCACUGUUCAGCAAUAAAGAAAAUGGCGGCAAACAUGGCGGUAUCUAUUGCCGCGAUGAGCGAACAGCUUCGAUCUCGACGUCGGCCUUCUGAAUCGCGAUCUGCGCAGGUCUCUUCUCCUCACCGAUCGACUUUGCCAGCCAGUUUCCCCAGAUCGCAAUCGCGAUUUUCUUCUUCGGAAUCGCUAACUUCAUCAUCGUGGCCGUUGCCAUCGCCAUCGCCAAUCCCUUCUACUCGUUCACAGAUGUCUAUUCAAUCGCCAGCACAGCCUUCCACUUCGCCCGUCGAUUCUCACCUUUCUCCUUACAGUUCAUCAUCGCAAGUUGACUCCCUCAGUUGUUCGCAGGUUUCCUGGCCAAAAUCUUCUUCCAGUUUACUAUCUUCUCCACAAGUUGUUUCUCCAAUUUUACAGACUUCAUCGCAAACUUUAGUUUCCAGUUCGCAGAUGUCGUCUCAGUGGCUGACAUCGUUUCGUAGGUCCCUGAAUUCAAAGCUAUUGUCUCCAUCCAGCUCACAGUCUCGAACGGCUCCUCUCAGUGCUCAAGUUUCCUCUCCAGGGACUGCCUUGCUGAAAAUGAAUUCUGAGUUGAAGCCGGCUGAACCAUCUAUCAUGGAACCAGCUCCAGAUGUUUAUCCAAUUCAUCAUGAAGGUUCAAAAACCCCUGAGAGGGAUACAGAUGGAAUUCGUGCAUGCAAAGUGAAGGAUCAACCCUCAAGGAAACUAGAGGAGGGAAAAGUCACAGAUAAAACUCAGGAAAAGAGGAUUCAAGCACUGGCAUGGAAAUCAGAUCAUGAUGAGAUGACUAUUGGGCCUGAUGUUUUUGUCCCUCCAACUGGGCUCAAUCCUUUAAUGUAUCAGUCACAGUCCUUUCUACCUGGGACAGGAAUUGGUGCAUUCUCACUAGGAACUGUUUCUCCAAAGCCGGGGCAAUCUGCUCCUAGAGUUCCUAAUGGUGAAGGUUCUAAGGAGUUGAUUGCAAGUACCACAUUUUCAGCUAUCUAUGGCAUUCCUUACACGUUUCUGGAGACAAAGGAUGAUUAUAUUCAACCCACAGGACGACCACCAGAUAAUCCGGAAGGCGCAGAAAAUGUUGAGGCCAAUUCCAGCUCAUUUUCAAAGCCUACUUUGCUCGAAGAAACAAGUGUUGAAGUUGCACAGGGCCUAAGCGAGGUAUUGAUGAAAUCUGUAUUGGUUGGUGGCAGUUUGUUAGUUGUUGAUCUGAUAACUGCAGAUCUUAAAACUUCAGAUAGAACUGUAUUAUCAACUCAUAUUGAUUCAGCCAGUAUGAUUCCAAGUCUAUUACACAUGGAUUGCGAGAAAAGAAGGUUGGGUGGGGUAGCAAAAGCCAUUGCACUAGGUGGACAUGCUUCCUUUCAAGAUGAAGUCACUGCAUCUAUUGGGCUUGAUAUUAAGCAUAAACUGGCUAUAGCUUUAUGGAAUAUUACAGGAAUUGGUGAAGGUUGUGUGGGGGGCAAUUGGCAGGUUAGAGCUGAAGUAAGACAUGUAGCUCUUGCAUCCUCUACAAAAUUAGUUGGUUUGGCGGGUGAUGAUUCAAACGGUAGGAACCGGGAUAUUGGUCAUGAUUCACUCUUACCAAUGCUAGGACAGUUAAAUGAGCCUGAAAAGCUUUCCAUGAUGAGAAACGCUACAUGGAAUUUGUUAAACUUCUGUCUAGGCAAGCCACCAACACCAUUUGCCCUAAUCAAAGUUGUAUUGCCAGUCCUUCAGCCAUUCAUCCAUAUGAGAGAAGAAGAAGUUUGGAAUGAAGUUUGCUGGCUAACAUCUAAUAUCACUGCUGGGAGUAGAUAUCAGAUAAAGCCAAGGAUUGAGACAUAUAUCAUUACUCCUUUGGUACACCUCUUUCAAAAUGAAGAAGUUGACAUCAAGGAAGAAGCUGCAAAUGCUAUCCAUAAGGCCACAUCAGGAGGCUCUCAUAAUCAGAUUAGGUGCUGGGCAAGUAACGGCUGCAUUAAGAUGCUCUCUAAUCUCUUCUUCUGUCAAGAUCCAAGAAUUGUUACUGCAUACCUGGAAGGUCUGGAGAACAUUUGGAAAGUAGAACAAGGGGACAAAGUAGUUGGGCUGAAUAGUGGGGUCAAAUUAUAUGUGCAGAUGGCUGACAAUUUUGAAGGACUAGACAAGACUGCUAAUUUCCAGAUUCGGGACAACAAUGAGCUCUAUGAAAAGGCUGGGAAGACCUUAGAAAAAUGCUGGUCUGAGGAAGUGAGGAGGAAGGGUCAAGUGCUGAAGCUAAAGAUACAAAAAUCAACAAUGUAUUGGGAAGGGAGAGGUGCCAGGAUGAAGAUGAAGUGGAAGAUCAAGGCUGUCUCUUAUCACCCACCUUGAGGACAAGGUGGUUUUUCAAGGGGGGAGAUAUGAUAGGGCCCUGGGCUAUAGAAAAUAUUAAUAGUAGUAAUAGAUUUAUAUUAAAUAAGUGUGGUAAUGUGUAAAACAGAUUUUGGGCCAUGUCAUAAAAUAUGGGCUGGCCCGUUAGAAUAUAAUUACUAUAUAGGAGUGGGAAGGAGGGAAUAAGGAGUUAGGCAGAAAUCAGAUUUGGGACUACGGUCUUGGGAGUGCUGGAGACUACUCGAAGUGUCUCCAUUGUAUCGUUAUCCUUUCAGUUCGUCAAUUCCAUCUUUAAUUCUACUUCACUUUACUGUCAGUUUGUUGUAUAUCUAUCAGAAGGUUUGUCUGAAAUCUUGGGGUAGGGAUGGUAGAUGGUGAGGAGCAUUAUUUGUGGCUAGCAACUGCGGUGGAGAAAAGUAAAAAUGAUAUUCUAUGUUUUUUUAAGCAGCGGGUGGUGAAAAUUUUGCAAUGCUGGAAUAAUGGAUUAUUUUCUAGAGCAGGGUGAGAAGUUCUUCUAAAAACAAUGAUUGAAUCAUUCCCAACCUAUGUAAGGAGAUUGAAAUACUAAUGAAUGACUACCGCAGGAAUGAGGUCUCAGACAAAGGGAUAAGGUGGACUGAUUGCAAGGGUUUGUGUAAACAAAAAAAGUUGAGGGUUUGGCCUUUAAAAGAAUUAGGGAUAUUAGGGAGUUUAAUCUAUCUAUGCUUAGUAAGAAAGUGUGGAGGUUAAUGAUUGAGGAAUACUUUCUCAUGGGUAGAUUUAAAGCAAGAUACUAUCUGAAUGGGUUCUUUCUUACCGUUAAACUUUGGUCCAACCCUUCCGAUGUUUGGAGGAGUUUAUUUGAACUUAAAAUAUUCUAAAGGAGGAUUAUAAGUGGAGAGUAGGGAAUGGAAAGUCCAUUAAUAUUUGGACUGAUCGAACCUUAGUUACCUGAUGAGGUUAAUCCUAACAUCCAGACCUAUGCUCAGGGUUUAGAUGAGACAUCAGUGGCGGGUUUAAUUAGUAAUUCAUGUGGGAGUUGGGAUGGCGACAUUCUUGCCAAUUUUUUUACUAGAGAGAUGAGUCGUUGAUCUCUAGUAUUCUUUUGAGUAAGAGGGUUGUAUUGGAAAGAUUGUAUUGGAGGUGGGAAAAAGAAAAGAAAUUUCUCAGUUAUGAGCUGUUAUAGAAGACCAGUGGGAGAAUUUCUAGAGGAUGAGUGGAUGGGGUGGACGGUUGUGUGGGGGAGUACAGAUGUUGGGUUGGCUGUGUGGAGGAAGCUGGAAUAAGAGAAAUAGAAAUUGAACACAGGUGCAGCGGUAAGAGGUGAAGUACGUGGUUUAGGGUAGGUAGUUCGCGACCCCGAUGAGGUCUUCAUUGGAGGUGUGGCGAAACCGUGGUAUGGAAAGUGUACUCCUCUUGAAACAUAAUUGUUUUGUAUUAGAGAAGCCUUGAAUUAACGUAAGGAACGAGGAUGAGACUUCUUGGAUUUUGAAUCUAAUGCUUUGCAGGCAAUUAGUGAGCUAAAGAAGGGUGGUGAUGCUAGUACUUGUGAUCUUCUUGCGGAUGAUAUUAGAGAAAUUGGGACUGGUUUAACUUAUAUUUCUUUCUCCCAUGUCAGACAUCUAGGAUUAAUACUCUUCAUUUGUUGGCUGGGGCGGCCGAUGCUUUGUCUUAUUGUCGAGUUUGGUCGUAUUCCCCUCCUGGUUGUAUUUUUCAUGUAUUGGACAAUGACUUUUUGAAUAGAUUUUGAUUCUAUUUUUCUCAAAAAAAAUACUGAGCAGUACUUAUUUAAUGGUGAUUAUAUGCUAUUCUCACAA